AAGAGACAGAGAAGCUGGCCGCCAGCCUUCAAGCUCUCACGGAUGGUAACCUGGCCAGCACAGAAAAUGUAGAAACAGUGGACAAAGAAUUCCUUGAUCUGCUCAAUGAAAACAGGAAGCUGAAGUACAGGAUUGGUAUCCUCAAAAAAUCAGUGUUGUGCAUUUGAAUAGAUGAACUGGAUGCUGGAAAAGGCUUUUGACUUUUGAGUGUGUUGAAAUAUGCAAGAAGAGUUUAUGCCCUGUGAGGAAUACAGUGGAAGUGACUUGACUGAACUGUACAUGGCAGAACACUUUGUUGAACAGUGACAGUAGACUAUUGUGUGGUGGUUUGCCAACUGUAACACGGUGUCCACAAUGUGUGACUUACCCAGGAAGAAGUUGUGCUCUGAGAGGCCCACAAACCCUCCUCCAUCUCUCUCUGGGAAUAUAGAGCAACAAAGGAAAAGUGCUGGUGCCAUGUGUGACCUCAACAUAAAGAACUCGUGCAAUGUCCUGGGCCAACUGGAGAGCGUCUUCCUUAGGGCCAUUCAGUCAGCCUAUCCCGGUGCCACCAACCCUGUGACCCAGAUUCAGGUGUCCAAACACGCCGACUACCAGUGCAAUGCUGCCAUGGCUCUCGCUAAGAGCCUAAAGAAGAAUCCCCGAGAGGUGGGCGAGAGCAUCCUGAAGAGUGUUCCCCCGAGUCCUCUGAUUGCCAAGAUGGACCUCUCCGGGCCGGGCUUCAUCAACAUCACCAUCAGCCAAGACUUCAUUAGGCAGCAGGUCACGAAUAUUGUCUUGAAUGGAGUGACGCCCCCGCCCACCACAUCCCUGAGAGUGGUAGUUGAUUUCUCGUCUCCCAACAUUGCCAAGGAGAUGCAUGUCGGUCAUCUCAGGUCCACCAUCAUAGGAGACAGCAUAUCCCGCCUCAUGGAAUUCCUUGGUCAUGAUGUCCUCCGUAUAAACCACCUGGGAGACUGGGGCACGCAGUUUGGAAUGCUCAUCGCUCAUUUGCAGGACCGCUUCCCAGACUUCGCCAGCAACACCCCUCCCAUCGCCGACCUGCAGACCUUCUACAAAGAGUCCAAGAAAAGGUUUGACGAGGACGAGGAGUUCAAGAAGCGGGCGUACCAGGCGGUGGUGAAGCUGCAGGCACAUGAACCCAUCCACUUGAAGGGCUGGCAGCAGAUAUGUGACAUCUCCAAGCAAGAGUUCUCCAAGGUGUAUGAGCGCCUCGGGGUGAAGCUUGUAGAUCGCGGUGAGUCCUUCUACCAGAGUCGCAUGGAGAGUGUGGUGAAGAUGCUACAGAACUCUGGGAUGCUGGAGGAGGAUGAGGGACGCAAGGUAAUGUUUGCUGAUGGGGCAGACAUUCCGCUAACCAUUGUCAAGUCUGAUGGAGGCUUCACCUACGACACCUCGGACAUGGCGUGCAUGAGGCAGCGCAUAGAUGAGGAGAAGGCCGACUGGCUGGUCUACGUGACGGACGCUGGACAGGCGCAGCACUUCAAGAGUCUCUUCCUCUGUGCCACAAAAGCCGGCAUCUACAACCCAUCCAAGACCCGAGUGGACCACGUUCAGUUCGGUGUUGUGUUGGGGGAGGACAAGAAGAAGUUCAAGACACGAUCAGGGGACACGGUGCGGCUGGUGGACCUUCUGAACGAGGGUCUGCAGCGCUCGGAGGAGAAACUGAAGGAGAAGGACAGGGACAAGGCACUGACCCCUGAGGAGUUCACGAAGGCCAGGGAUGCUGUGGCUUACGGCUGCAUCAAGUACGCCGACCUCAGCCAUGACAGGUCAAGAGAUUAUGUGUUUUCCUUCGACCGAAUGUUGGACUUCCGAGGCAACACGGCCGCCUACCUGCUCUACGCCCUCACAAGGAUACGCUCCAUCGCCAGGACAGCUUGUGUAAGUCGUAAGGAUAUUGUGGCUGAGGCGCAGAAGUACCCGGUGGAGCUGGAGCACGAGAAGGAGUGGAAGCUGGCCCGCACACUCCUCAAGCUCCCGGACGUGCUCAUCAAGAUCACCGAGGACCUGUACCUCCACUCCCUCUGCGAAUACCUUUUUGAGGUAUCUGCUGUGUUCACCGAGUUUUAUGACAACUGCUACUGUGUUGAGAAGAACUCCGAGGGCAAGAUUGUGAAGAUCAACUUUAACCGCCUCAUCCUGUGUGAGGCGACGGCGGCGGUCAUGGAGAAGUGCUUUGCCAUCCUGGGCAUUGAGACGGUGGAGAAAAUGUGAUGUCUGCUUCUUAAUGCCACUUGCUUCUUGGGAUUAUUUUGGGAGUAUGAAUUUUUUAUGUGAUAUUAAAGAGUUUUUUAUUGCAGUAACAUCUGGUGCCUUCCAUUAAUCUUAGUUGAACUUGUCGCUGCAAAUGUAAUUGGUUGCACAAAAUUGUUCUAUUGAUCAGACAUGUCAUGAUUUUUUGUGUGUUUUGUCCUAACUCUUGGGAUUAAUUAUUUUGUUGAAUUUAUGCAAAGAAGAGCAGAAAAUAAUACUGUGAUGACCUGU